AUGUACUCGGUUCCGCGUGCUGGUCAAAAUGGAUAUCAUCACAGGACUGAAGUCAACAAGAAGAUUUAUCGCAUUGGAAAGGGUGAUGACAAGAGUAAUGCAUCAACCGAAUACGAUCUUACAGUGAAACAGAUUACACCAUUAGGUGGAUUCCCUCAUUACGGUUAUGUGAACGAGGACUU